GGCAGACUAAAAGUUUGGUAUCUUACACUUGUGGAAAAGCCUUAAGAUCUGUUUUAACUUGGAGCAGGUGGGGUGACAUCAUGACUACCAUUAAGAAAAUAUAACCUGUUGGGAAACUGUUUCUGCCUUGAUGAUGUUGUACAGACAAGCGAUAAACAGUGAGGAAUGUGCUUAGAUGUAUUGGGAAAGAGAUGGGUCUGUGGCAUUGUCACAAGGGUACAUGAAUACUGAGAGUGAAUUUUGAAGGAAUGACCCCAAUUGGUGGUGACCCUCAGGCGAGACUAGGGUGCCUGUGUUUCAGCAAAGCCUUGGCAGUUGGAGUGAGGGCUCCUAAGAUUCCAUGACACCCCCACGUUCUAAUUGUGUUGUAGCAACUGCAGACUGUUACCUGGCACACUGGCCACACCCUUGCUCACUCUUGUCAGAGACUGAGCUAUCGGCAGUGCCUUCAGCUCUGAGCUCAGGCACCGUGAACAUUGUUUUUGUCGUUAAGGAUCCUAAAGUGCUGUGGGGACUGAUCACUUUUUUCUCAACAUCCCUGGCCCCACCUCUUCUGCCACAAACGUCAGCAUGGUGGUAGCUGCCGGCCCUUGGUCCAGUGAGAAGGCAGAGAUGAACAAUCUAGAAAUCAACAAGAAAUCGCACCCCCAGCUGGUAGAGAACAAACAGGAGUUCAGAAACCUCCAACAGAAAUUUCUUGUAACUCAAGUGGCCUACUUCCUGGCCAACGGGCAGAAUAAUUACAAGUAUGAAGACUGCAAAGACCUGAUAAAGUCUAUGCUGAGGGAUGAGCGGCUGUUCAUGGAAAAGGAGUUUGCAGAGCAGCUCAGGCAAUAUGAAGUCCUGGUUUUCUCUCGGGAACGGGAGCUGACCCAGUUAAGCGUGAAGUUACGGGAAGGGAGAGAUGCCGCCCGCUCAUUGAUUCGGCAUCUCCAGGCCCUUCUAACUCCGGAUGAGCCGGACGAGUCCCAGGGGUGGGACCUCCGAGAACAGCUGGCUGAGGGAUGUAGGCUGGCACAGCACCUCGUCCAAAAGCUCAGCCCAGAAAUUGAUGAAGAUGAAGAUGUUAAAGUUGAGGAGGCUGAGAAAGUAGAGGAAUUCUGUGCCCCCAGGGAGAUGCAGAAGGCUGAAGAAAAGGAAGUCCCUGAGGACUCACUGGAGGAAUGUGCCGUCACUUGUUCCAAUAGCCACGGCCCUUGUGAGUCCAACCAGCCUCACGGGAACACCAAAGUCACAUUUGAGGAAGACCAAGUCGACCCACCUGUAGUUGUAGACAGUGCAUCCUCUGAUUAUGAACGGCAGGAUGCUCCAAACCUUCCCCCAGAGUAUGAAGACUGCAAAGACCUCAUAAAGUCUAUGCUGAGGGAUGAGCAGCUGUUCGUGGAAAAGGAGUUUGCAGAGCAGCUCAGGCAAUAUGAAGUCCUGGUUUUCUCUCGGGAACGGGAGCUGACCCAGUUAAGCGUGAAGUUACGGGAAGGGAGAGAUGCCGCCCGCUCAUUGAUUCGGCAUCUCCAGGCCCUUCUCACUCCGGAUGAGCCCGACGAGUCCCAGGGGUGGGACCUCCGAGAACAGCUGGCUGAGGGAUGUAGGCUGGCACAGGACCUCAUCCAAAAGCUCAGCCCAGCAAAUGACCAAGACGAGGAUGAAGCUGUUAAAGUUGAGGAGGCUGAGAAAGUAGAGGAAUUCUGUGCCCCCAGGGAGGUGCAGAAGGCUGAAGAACAGGAAGUCCCUGAGGACUCACUGGAGGAAUGUGCCGUCACUUGUUCCAAUAGCCACGGCCCUUGUGAGUCCAACCAGCCUCACGGGAACACCAAAAUCACAUUUGAGGAAGACCAAGUCGACCCACCUGUAGUUGUAGACAGUGCAUCCUCUGAUGAUGAACGGCAGGAUGCUCCAAACCUUCCCCCAGAGUCGGAAGACGGCAAAGACCUCGUGAAGUCUCCGCUGAGGGAUGAGCGGCUGUUCAUGGAGGAGGAGCUUUCGGAGCAGCUCAGGCAAUAUGAAGUCCUGGUUUUCUCUCGGGAACGGGAGCUGACCCAGUUAAGCGUGAAGUUACGGGAAGGGAGAGAUGCCGCCCGCUCAUUGAUUCGGCAUCUCCAGGCCCUUCUCACUCCGGAUGAGCACGAGUCCCAGGGGUGGGACCUCCGAGAACAGCUGGCUGAGGGAUGUAGGCUGGCACAGGACCUCGUCCAAAAGCUCAGCCCAGCAAAUGACCAAGACGAGGAUGAAGCUGUUAAAGUUGAGGAGGCUGAGAAAGUAGAGGAAUUCUGUGCCCCCAGGGACGUGCAGAAGGCUGAAGAACAGGAAGUCCCUGAGGACUCGCUGGAGGAAUGUGCCGUCACUUGUUCCAAUAGCCACGGCCCUUGUGAGUCCAACCAGCCUCACGGGAACAAGAUCACAUUUCAGGAAGACCCAGUCGAUUCAACUCUCACUGACUCAUCCUCUCAUGAUGAAUGGUUGGAUGCUGUACACAUUAUCCCAGAAAAUGAAAGUGAUCAUGAGGAAGAGGAAGAAAAAGGGCCAGUGUCUCCCAGGAAUCUGCAGGAGUCUGAAGAGGAGGAAGCCCCCCAGGAGUCCUGGGAUGAAGGUGAUUCGACUCUCUCAAUUCCUCCUGACAUGUCUGCCUCAUACCAGUCUGACAGGAGCACCUUUCACUCAGUAGAGGAACAGCAAGUCGGCUUGGCUCUUGACAUAGGCAGACAUUGGUGUGAUCAAGUGAAAAAGGAGGACCAAGAGGCCACAGGUCCCAGGCUCAGCAGGGAGCUGCUGGAUGAGAAAGAGUCUGAAGUCUUGCAGGACUCACGGGAUAGAUUUUAUUCAUCUCCUUUUGGGGAUCUGGAACUGCUUGAGUUAUGCAACCCCUACAGAAGUGCGGUUAACUCAUCGGAGGAACAACAUCUUGGCUUGGCUCUUGACGUGGACAGAAUUAAAAAAGACCAAGAAGAGGAAGAAGACCAAGGCCCACCAUGCCCCAGGCUCAGCAGAGAGCUGCUGGAGGUAGUAGAGCCUGAGGACUUGCAGGACUCACUGGAUAGAUGUUAUUCAACUCCUUCCAGUUAUCUAGAACAGCCUGAUUCAUGGCAGCCCUACUCAUUGGAGGAAGAAUAUAUUGGCUUUUCUCUUGACGUGGAUGAAAUUGAAAAGUACCAAGAAGGGGAAGAAGAUCAAAACCCACCAUGCCCCAGGCUCAACGGGGUGCUGAUGGAAGCAGAAGCGCCUGAAGUCUUGCAGGACUCAGUGGAUAGACGUUAUUCGACUCCUUCAACUUACUUUGAACUAGAUGCCUCAUUCCAGCACUACAGAAGUGACUUUUACUCAUUUGAGGAAGAGCAUGUCAGCUUGGCCCUUGACGUGGACAAUAGGUUUUUUACUUUGACGGGGAUGAGGCACCACCUGGUCUUCCAGGUGGGAGGCAUAUUCCCACACUAAGCAGCCCUUACUAAGCUGAGAGAUGUCAUUGCUGCAGGCAGGACCUGUAGGCACAUGUAGGUUUGAAUGAAACUGUAGUUCCCUUUGGAAGCCCAGAAAAAAGUUUUUAAUUGUAUAGAUUAAAAUAAUUUUGGACAAAAAUUAAAACUCAAUAGGAUGGGAACGUGGGCAUGGCUCUAUUCCUAUUCUCAGACCAUGCCAGCGGCCACCUGUGCUCAGUCUGAAGACAUUGGACCCAAGUUAGGUGUGACACGUUCACAUGACUAUGUAGCACAUGCCUGGAGUGAUCUGCCAGACAUUCUAAUUUGAACCAGAUAUCUCUGGGUAGCUACAAAGUUCCUCAGGGAUUUCAUUUUGCAGGCAUGUCUCUGAGCUUCUAAAUCUGCUCAAGGUCAAUGUCAUCUUUGUGUUUAGCUCAUCCAAAGGUGUUACCCUGGUUUCAAUGAACCUAACCCCAUUCUUUGUAUCUUCAGUGUUGUUUUAGCUGAUCCAUCUGUAACACAGGAGGGAUCCUUGGCUGAGGAUUAUAUUUCAGAGCCACUGACUGCUCUUGACAAUUGUUAACCCACUAGGCUCCUUUGAUUAGAGAAGCCAUAGUCCUUCAGCCUCCAAUUGAUAGCAAUACUUAGGAAGACCACAGCUAGAUGGACAAACAGCAUCAAGAGGCCUUAGCCCUGCUCCUUUCAAUUCCAUCCUGUAAGAAACAGGAGUCAGGAGCCGCUGGCAGGGGA